AACACACAGAAACAUCAGAACAUCAGAAGGACAGACCAGUCACAACAGAGUACAGAAGAUGACAGCCAAAAUUUGUCUCCUCCUCUUUGGAAUACUGUCAUACGCAAAUGCAUAUCCAAUAUGCUACACACGAAUUUGUCUAAACGGAGCAACUUGUGACGGGAAUUUGGGUUGUGUGUGUACAGCAGGGUAUACUGGAAAAGUGUGUGAAACUUCUCUCAGGGAUUGCCUGAGUGCACCCCAAGACUGCCACCUCAAAGCUUCCUGUGUCAAUACUAACGGGUCCUAUGAAUGCCAGUGUUUACCUGGCUAUAACGGAGAUGGAAGAUCUACUUGCAAGGCUGCUGACAGAUGCCUUGAAACGCCUUGUCAGAAUGCUGGGAUAUGCACAAGUAAUGCGACCAACUUCUAUUGUAGAUGUCUGCUCGGAUAUUCUGGUCCUUUGUGUGAAAAAAAAUGCGAGCAACAAAAAAUGGACAUUCUUCUCAUAGAGGACGUCUCGUCAUCAAUCUCUAAAGAGGAAUACAGGAAGAUUAAGGACUUUGAAAUAGAAAUGGUCAGUUAUUCCCACAUAAACUCCAGCAUUGUGAACGUGGCUCUGAUGGUGUACGCAGGAAAGGCGAGACUGGUAUUUCCCUUGAAUGCAUACAGUGACAACAAGACAGCAGCUGUUAACGCUGUUAACGCCCCACAACUAGUCGGCGGUUCUACAUUCCUCGGCGAUGCUAUCAACCUGGCUGUAUCCGAUGUGUUUGUGCAGAGCAAUGGCGACCGUCCAGAUGCUGAAAAUGUUGUUAUCUUAUUUACGGAUGGCAAAAGUAGUAAGAAGUCAGCCAUCGAUAAGAACAUUGGACGUCUGCUCACAGAAGCAGCUAUUUACGUCGUUCCAAUUUCAUCAGAUACUGACAUGGUUGAUAUAGCCGAGGUAGCUGCAGCCCCUGAUGAGGAACAUGUCUUUUCUAUGAGCAACCCUCUGGCUCUUGAUGAAAUCAAAGAAAGAACCAUCUAUGAGCACUGCGGACGAGACGUGGCCCUAAUGGAAUAUGUGGAUCCUCCGUUUGGCAAGAAGUUCAAAACCCCCAAAUGUACGAGAAUCUGUACUUUACUAAGUGUUAUCCCAAAUAUAACGUUUGUUACAUUCAAUUACAUGCCCAAUGUUUCACGUGAGGUUUCCACAAAUUCACAGAAGAUGACAGCGAAGAUUUGUUUGCUCCUGCUUGCAACACUGUCAUAUGCAAACGCAGGUCGAUGCCUUUACAAUAUUUGCUGGAAUGGAGGAACCUGUUCCAUUUUAGAAAAGACUAAUGCACUGCAGUGUAAAUGUCCCCCUGGUUUCCACGGAUUUGUUUGCGAGACCUCCGAUUCGCCAUGCACACGACAACCUUGCUACAAUGGCGCAACGUGUGUAGAUGGAUCCGGAACAGACUACAGGUGUACAUGUACAGAUGGGUUUCGGGGACAACAUUGUAAUGAGACAGAUUGUUACACACGAUCAUGUCGAAACGGAGCAACUUGUAACACCAUGCUUGGAUGUAUAUGUGCAGCAGGGUAUACUGGAAUUGAUUGUGAGACACCUCUCAACGGUUGCAGGAAUGCAACCCAAGACUGUCACCCUAAAGCUUCCUGUGUCAAGACUAACGGGUCCCAUGAAUGCCAGUGUUUACCUGGCUAUAACGGAGAUGGAAAAUCUACUUGCAACAUUACUGACAGAUGCCUCGAAAAGCCUUGUCAGAAUGAAGGAAUCUGCACAAGUAAUUCGACUAACUUCAAUUGUAGAUGUCUGCUCGGAUAUACUGGUCCUAUGUGUGAAAAAAAAUGUGAGCAACAGAAAAUGGACAUUCUUCUCAUAGAGGACAUUUCGACAUCAAUCUCUGAAGAGGAAUACAGGACGAUUAAGGACUUUGAAAUAGAAAUGGUCAGUUAUUCCCACAUAAAUUCCAGCAUUGUGAACGUGGCUCUGAUGGUGUACGCAGGAAUGGCGAGACUAGUAUUUCCCUUGAAUGCAUACAGUGACAACAAGACAGCAGCUGUUAACGCUGUUAACGCCCCACAACUAGUCGGCGGUUCUACAUUCCUCGGCGAUGCUAUCAACCUGGCUGUAUCUGAUGUGUUUGUGCAGAGCAAUGGCGACCGUCCAGAUGCUGAAAAUGUUGUUAUCUUAUUUACGGAUGGCAAAAGUAGUAAGAAGUCUGUUAUUCAUAAGAACAUUGGAAAACUUAUGACAGAAGCAACCGUUUUCGUAGUUCCAAUUUCAUCAGAUAUCGACAUGGCUGACAUAAGCGAGGUGGCUUCGUCUCCUGAUGAGGAACAUAUUUUUGCUGUGAAGAAUCCUUUGGCCCUUGAUGAAAUCAAAGAAAGAACCAUCUAUAAGCACUGCGGACGAGACGUGGCCCUGAAGGAAUAGUCUUGAUUCAGGUGCUCCUUAUCAUAUUCAAAGAGAAUGAAACGAUUUCUAAUACUGUU